CGCUCAUCUCGCAGUCCGCCUGGCACCAUAUACUACCACUUUUAUUCCCCCGGCCCUCACACCCACGAAUCUUGGGCUCUGCUAGACCCAGGAAGUCUUGCGUCCCGACAGAAUUUCGUCUCACUUCGUCGCACAUCUUGCGCUGGAACGAGCUGCAGAAGAGCCGGGGGCAGCUAUCCGCGUGGGCAGAUGCCGCCACGCUCCACACCACCACCAUCGCGCGCCUAUGUCCCCCAGAACGAUGCUGCAACAUAUCGCGAUCUCUUGUUGUUUGAAGAGCGGCUGAAGUCGAAUGCGGAGUUCCUGCAGAAGCGCAAGUCAAGGUACCAAUUCUUCCUCAUACAGCUGCUUCUUAUCAUUGCACUUCUCCUCUCCGAGGUCCUCUUCAUGUCCCCCGAUAUGUCCCUCCUUGCCAUACCGUAUAGAUUUGUCCUGCGCAAGCUAUUGCCUGACGUCUACGGAGACGGCCGUGAUGCAGCUCUCACCAUUCACCCCUUCCUGGCAAGCGGUAUGCUCUUCGUGAGCGUCACGACACUUGUACUAUUCUUUGCUAGCGGCAUGUACGCCGAGAAGAUUGCCUACGCGAACAAGUAUACGUCCCCCACGCAAACCGCGCCCUCCGCUCCUUCAACAUAUUCCUGAACGUGCGCCGCCCGCCGCUGCGCACUAAGUUUCUCAGCAAUCCCCUGUCCUUCCUCUUCGAGCGGCCCGACGACGACGCGACGACGCGUCCGCGCUCACGCUCCCCAAGCAAUGCGCGGUCGAAGAGCCCCACGGGCACGCUCCCCAUCCCGACGAUCCCGCCCGCGCAGAACCCGCGCGGCGAGCUCAUCUUCUCGAGCAAGGUCGACCGCGGAUUCCGCGAGGGGUACGAGCGGUA